AUGGUGUCGGACCAGGAGAUAGCGAGCUGUGUAGAGUCUCUCCUUCGCCAAUCGGACCCCAGCGGAGUUGCUACGUCGGUGAAUGUCAACGACGUGGUGCAGCAGCUGGAGGCGAAGCUAGGGUUAAACCUCUCCCACAAGGCGGGUUUCAUCAGGGAUCAGAUUAACCUGCUGUUCCGGCCUCCGGCGCCGGCGUCUAGGGACCAUCAUGCUUUCCAGCAGCAGCAGCAGCAGCACCAACACCAGCUUCAGCAGCAGUUCCUCGCCGUCCACCCCCAUCAGCUUAUCCAGCAACACCAGAUCCCCGCGUCGCCCUUUACCCAUUUCCCACACCAACACGAGCUCGCCUUUCGAUGCACUCCUUCGGUCUCUGUGCAACCUCACCAUCUCCUUCAGCAGCAGCAGUCGCAGCACGCCCAGCAGCUGCCGUCUGCCCCGUCUCCUGCCGGUGUGUCGGCGGCUGUAAAGCAGGAAGGGAAUGUAAAUCCCCGGAGUUCGGCAUCUAAGGGGUCAAAGGGAAGGUGAAUUCCACAUUUCUUUAUGUUAGAUGACUACAAAUGAUAUGGAUGAAAUUUAUAUGUGCUUUUCCCCCCGUGUGAUUGUAGUGGACAAAUUCUCAGGUGGCAUAGUUUCAUUAUUAGUCUAAAUUCAGCUAUUUUCAGAUCGAGGGUAGGGACUUUUUUUCCUUUUAAUUUUAAAUCAACUUCUGAGAUCAUGUGUACUGGAAGAAAACGAUCUGUAGAUAAUGAUUUCAUUAUAUUAGAUGUGUUUGAGUGUUUUUAUGGAAGGCUACCUUGUCAAAGGAGGUAUCAAUUUGAAGUCUAGCAAUUUGCAUCCUCUUAAAUAGCACAAAAAACAUUAGUAUGUUUUAAAGGUGGCAUCGGCAAUUUUUUUUUUCACGGAUGCCUAUUUUUGUAUCCUUACGGAGAUCCUUUUAUUCUCUCGGUGAACUUGCAUGAAAUGUCUGUAUUUGGUUUUUUUGGAGGUUGAUGAAUAGUGUCUUAUCCUCUAAUUUUACCUUUCUAAAUUUUAAUUGGACUUCUUGGAAGGCAAUACGUACGGUAAACAAGGAUAUAGAUAGCAGAUGCUAUAGGAAAAUAGGUAUGUUCCGGAAUCUCAAUUGCAUGAAUUUACGGGAUAUAUUGUUGUAUUCUCCAAGGCUAUCUGUUCGUGCCUUUUUUCCUUGCUGCACUUGUUAGUAUAUGCUGUCUUUUUUGUUGUUGCAAAAGUUUGAAACAUUUUAGCUUCCAGGAGUUGGUCCUGUGAGAGUCAUUGCUUAUCUGAACUUUUUUACAUCUCUGGUAAUACCUUCCCAUUGCAUGGUCAUAGCAUGAUUAUGAGAAAUCAUGCAAAUUUCCCAUCCAUUCCCAUGCCUUCUCCACAAUGCAGUUAUGCCCUGUUCUCACAUUCCCGGAUUCAUGGUUCAUCUUAAAACAUAUUUGUCUGAUUUUCGUGGUUCAUCAUGGGCACAGUGCUGCAACUGGAGCUAAACGAAGAGGUGGUCCUGGUGGUCUAAGUAAAGUAUGUGGUGUUUCUCGUGAACUUCAGGCUAUUGUUGGUGAACCGACUAUGUCAAGAACUGAGGUUUGACAUCUUCAAGAACCAAGUAAUCCUUUUUUUUCAGUAUAUAUAUAUAUAUAUAUAUAUAUAUAUAUAUUAUGGUUCAGACAAAAAAAUUAUAUCUCCAGCUUACCUCAACACAAUUAUGUCCAUUUUAUGAGUCACAUUACCGGAUAUAAGGUUUAUUUAGCACUCAUAGCAUUAGCUUUUUAUAAAAUUGAUGCAGAUUGUGAAGCAAUUAUGGGCAUACAUACGAAAGAACAAUCUCCAAGAUCCCAACAACAAGAGGAAGAUCAUUUGCAAUGAUGAGUUACGUUUGGUUUUUGAGACAGAUUGUACUGACAUGUUCAAGAUGAAUAAGCUGCUAGCAAAGCACAUCACACCUCUUGAGCCCUCAAGUAUGCUAAGCAUUCAGUUGUAAUGAUUAUAAACUGUAAAUACAUGUAACACUUUGGAUUUCUGACUGUUUGGACUGCAUGAUGGUUGCAGAAGAGCCUGGGCCGGAUAAGAAAAAGCUAAAAUCAUCUGAGGUGCCCUCUUCAACUGAGGCGGAAGAGGAUGCAUCCCCUGUUCUGAUUUCUGAUGAACUUGCCAAGUUCUUUGGUACUGGAAAUAGGGAAAUGUUCCAGUCAGAGGCAUUGAGUCGGAUCUGGGACUAUAUAAAAGUUUAUCAGCUAAAGGUCAAUAUAGCAUUUCUUCAUUAAUUAUUCAUAUUUCUUGUUAUUUAUUCAUACUAAAGCUCGUCAUUUUUCAUGUUAAAUAAGAUUAUCAAACAGUGAAUGUUUCGUUGAGAUUACUAUGCAGCACCUCUACUCAUUGCGAGAGACACAUGAAGUUUUCUCCUCAUUAUUUUGUUAUGACGUGGUAAACUUUUCUAUCUAUGAUUGCAAAGAACACAUAUUCCUGGUACCUAUUUUUCUUUACCAAAAACAUUGUUAAUAUACUAAGAAUUUACAAAGAAAAUCUCCACAUUCAGGUGUGCUGAGCCCAGCUAAAAGGGCAUUAAGACGGCAUAAGAUAUCUGUAUUUCUCACUUUUUAGAAGAAACUAAAACCUGUGGCUUGGAUGGAAGUUGUACAGAUCAUGUUACCAUGGCUUGGAUGGAAGUUGUACAGAUCAUGUUAACUGUGCAUGGUAAUGUCUUGUGUCAUCGGACAGUUAACAGCAUGGGGGGGAAGAAUUUUGAUCCAUGCCUGCAUCAUGCUAUUUCUAAAUCUAAAAGUCGCAGUGAAGAGAUAUGAGAUACGACUGAGUAGAUGCUUUCAAUCAUAUCACCUGGCAAAAGAUUGUAGGGAUACUGUUAUAUGGUUGUUAUAAGGCGGUGUUGGUUGUCAAAACGAGCCGAAGGAUGAGUCUCCUGCUAAUGAACUGUAGGGUAAGAAGUAGCCUCUUUGCAGUGGGGGUGAGAAGAAAGAGGUCAUCAUGGGAGACCAAUCAUGAGGGGUUUUCACACAUUUUGUUGUUGGGCUAACUCCGGUAUACUCUCUAGACCAAAAUUAUAGAUAUCCCUUUGGACUCAGAAGCCAAUCAUAAAAGAAAAGAAUUCGAGCAUGGGAUACUGGUGGUUGAUUCUGGUGUGAUAAAAUGAAAAUGAGGUUUACUGUGGGUAUCCUUUUGAAAGUCGUUUAAAAAAACAAAACGAAGUCUGUCCUUGACUAACAAUUUGUAAAAUGGGUCUGAUUUGUUUACUAUGAAAAGUUUCAAUGAGGAAUAGCACGCCCAGUGUUGAGUUCUUUUUUUUGUAUGGUCAUCUAUUUUCUACCUCAGCCAGGAAGCCUAAUGCAGUGGCAGCUGGUUUAAGAGCGCACUUUUAAUUUAUGAUGGAUGGUAGGGAGGGUUCCUCUCCAUUCGUGGACUAUAGAGACUUUGUGCAGUACUGAUAUCAUUUCUGAUACUCUGGACGCUCUUUUGUUCUCUUGCUUCAAGCUAGAAGUUGUUAGUGGUAGGUUACCCUUAGGAAGUUUGAGGAUUAGAUGUAAUAGAUCAUUCUAUGAUAAUAAGCAAGGUCCGUGAAAUUGAGAAAGACCUCCUUUUUCGCAUACCUUUUCUCUUUUGGUUGGGAAUUCAUCAUCUUGGCCUUGAGAUGUUCAAAUGGACGGGUUUUGAGAUGUGGCCUUACUGGCCUGAGCACUAGUUGCUUACUCCAUAUGACAGGAAAUAUGUUGCAUGGAUUAUAAUAAUGCUUUGGUAAUAGCGAUGUUCUCUCCUUUAUAGUGAGCUCUAUUUCAGCAUUGGAGUAUUAGAAAAUGGAAGAAUGUGGGAAAAGCAUCCCGAAAAUUCUAUCAUUGGGAGAGGUAUUUACUUGAUUAGUGGUAUUCUUAUUAAGUGCACAGAUCUUGACUUUUAAAUUGCCACGUUCUUAUUAAAAUCAAAUUUUACUUUGUAUGUUGAAGUGGUAUAGAUAUUUGGCUCAAUAUUGGUGGGUGGAUCAUGAAGCUUCUGAGCUACUAUAGGCUUUUGGGGCUCGGGGUUAGUGGAAAAAAGAAGGAUUACAACUGAUUAGGGGACAGGACUUAAAAAAAAAGGCAGUUGAUUUAUAAAAAUAAUGUUUUCAGUAAGGCCAUUUGUGCAAAAUGGAUUUUAAAGUUUAGGCGGAUUGGUCUUUCCACUCUAUAUAAUUGUAUCUGCCAAUGAAUAGACGUUUAUUCAUUUAACUUGCUUUUCUGUUUAGCAUUUGCUGGAAUCUUUAUUUAUGUUGUAUAAUCUGGAUCAUAUUAUUUAGGUUGCCAGUUGUGCAAUGGUAAAUAAAGGGUCAAGCUGUAGGAGGACUGAUUAUUUCAAUGAAAGUCUCUUACGACAGAAUCGGAUGCUUUGAUGUGUUCGUAUAGAUAAAAAUCACUAUAUUUACUAGGUUUGCAUAAAAUUACGAAGAUGAUGGCUAGAAGCCCCAAGUCAGAAGGAAUCUUAUAGAGUUUGAGAUCAUGGAAUUUUUCAACCAAUGCCCUCAUGUAAUUUUUGCUAAAGAGGAUUAGUAUGACAGUAGAAUAUGAAAAUGAUGGUUAAGAGCAUUUAGUGAUAGUUCCUUCAUUGGAACAUGAGUACACUGUGGUUGCUAAUGAAAAAUUUGGCAGGGAUCGAUAACUUUUUCCAGAUUUCUGUGAAAGACCUUCAAACUUACAUGUUAGGUAUCAAUAACGUGUUUUCUGUGACUUGCAUUUGGAAAUUAUUGAGCAUCUUUAUGGUGUUAUGACCAUGUCUAGUUGGAUUCUGAGUUCGGAUUAGCUAUUGGAAAUACUUUGAUGGUUAAAUAUUGUGGCAUCUCGAAGUUACCAAGACAAUUUGACCAUUGCAAGGAAACUGUGGUAUUGUUAGCCGUAUAGUACCUUAGGGUUAUUAAAGUUUACAAAAUUUCAGAGGUGCGCAAGAUUAAAUUGGCUUGGUGUUCUCGUUUGUGUGUUUUGAUUUGUUCAAUUAAUGGAUAUCGGGGAUAAUGUUGAUCCUAUCAUAUUGUUGAUAGAUGCCAAUGUGCUCACCCUUCGCGAUCUUCUUGCUGAUUUUAUACCUUUUAUUUCUCACUCAUGAUACCUGGUAAAUUUCCCUGAAAAUAAGAUGAAGGGUUCUGAGAAUAUCCCCCAUUGGCAUCACAAACAAAAAAAGUCUGAUUUGUAGAAAUUUUCUUUGCUCUAGGAAGAUGAUUCGAGAAAGAUGAGUUCUUGUUCAUAAUACCAUAUAGAUAGCAGAUUAGUAAGUCUCACUAACUAACUAAUCUGAUGCAAGCCUCUCCUUGGGCGGAUUCCUCCUUUUUGCUCAGCUAAUCGGGUAUUAGCAACCAUUUCCAGUUGUUCCCCUCUCAAGGCCAUAGCCUGCCCUAGAUCUUGUCUCCCCUUCCCUCAUCCCGUCCCUGCCCAAAAUCCUUUUCCCUGCCUAGCAUUUACCUAAAUACCCCACCUCCCCGCACUUAACCCUCACAUGACCUUGACGUGACCCGCACGCCCUCUUGCUCCUUCUGACCUAGGUAAGGCCCGUCAGCCUCACCUGCUCCUUCUGGCUUAAGUAAGGCCUGUCUGGAUCCUAACAAUUUUUUUAUGAUAAUCAUCCACGCCUUAAACCUAUUUUGAUGCCUGAAGGUUGGAUAGUCUGACCUUUACAUGAGGACUAUAUUACCCCCAGUUUCUAAGAAAUACAAAUGUGGCCCACAAAAAAAAUCUACGUGUUAAUCUGCUAUCUCUAUGGUUUUAAUCUACAAAAUGUGGCAUGGACUGCCAUUAGGUCUGAUUCGCAGUUCAGCCAGUCAGAUUGACCAAUCUGAUUUGUGGAACAAGGUGCAGUGCCACUGCCAAUCAUUGAAAUUAUCUGUAGGCACUAUGCGUGGUGCAUAUUUUUAUGGAACUAAAUUUUUCGAAACAAUUAACUUGAGUACCUGUCAGACUGCACAGUGCACGCUGUCAGUCAUGAAAGUUGAAUUUUUUGAUCAAGAAAGUGACAACUUUUGUGGUUUGAUGCCUAUUUACUUUAUCAUAUGUCCGUCGUUCUUCAUUUAAUGUGAUAUUUUUUGUCACUGUUCUGAUAGUUGAACUGGCGCUAAAUGGAAAAAAACAUUCUUUGACAUGCUGUAUUAUUUUUCUUACUGCUUUUAGGAUCCUUUAAACCCAAAGAUGAUACGCUGUGAUGCUAAACUUCAACAACUCUUUGGCUGUGAAAGCUUGUCUGCAUUGGGGGUUUCUGAGAUGUUGGGACGACAUCUGUUCAAGCAAUCAUGA